UCUUUUUCUUUAACUAUAAGAUGCGUUACCAAAUACUCCACAAAUUUUCAACAAGAGCUUUUGAUGAAUGGGAAAUUGAGGCAAAUAUUAACAAUAUCUGGGGGGUUUUACUUACUUCAAUGAACGUAGCGAGGUGGUGCUAUAUGGCUGCGCUGUAAUUUUUUUAUAAUUUCGGGUUCCUUGAACUUAUUAUGAGGGGUAAAAUAAUUUUUAAAGUUUAAAAAUAAUUUUUAAAAUAUUCGACAUAAAAUAAUUUUUAUUAGGAUGAAGGUUGUGCCGCCAGAAUGAAAUUACUAUUUUUGGAUGAUUGGUCAGUUGAAGUGCAUCUGGCGGGGGAACAUGUUCAUAUGCAUGUGGAGGGAGCAGUUUUUCGUUAUUUAUUUGGGCGUUUGGAAGUAUUAAUGGUAAUAACUUUGAGGCUCGAUUAUGUACAUCUUUAGAUU